UUACAGCUUACCCCGACGUAGAAACACGCAAAAUCAAUGAGGAUUGGGAAUUUUUGGUAUUAGCCUGCGAUGGCAUUUGGGAUGUUAUGAGCAAUAAAGAGGUUAUCGAUUUCUGUCGAUCACGCAUUGGUCAGGGUAUGUAUCCCGAGGAAAUAUGCGAAGAACUAAUGACUCAUUGUCUGGCUCCCGAUUGUCAAAUGGGUGGUUUGGGUGGUGAUAAUAUGACCGUCGUCUUAGUAUGUUUUCUACACAAUAAACCCUAUGCGGAUUUAGUGCAGAGAUGUGCCACCUCAACAGUGUCUGCGAAUACAAAUACUUCAUUGCCGGCUACACAGACAUCGACAACAUCGUCACCAGAAGAAGAGGAAAUAGAUCUAAAAUAACAGCAGCAACAGCAAUAUCAGCUUCAACAGUCUAGUAGCACUACAACAGCAGCAGUACUCACUUUUAUCUAAACAAACAAAAAAAUAAGAAGAAAACAUUCAAGUGAAGUUUUGCUAUUUAACAAAAAGAAAAGAUGAAACAAGAAAUGAACAAAAAAAAUCCAAAAUAUCUUCUUUUUUAAGAUGUCGAUUUUUUUCCACAUUUUUUGUCAUUUUAAUUUUUAAAUAAAUUACUUUUUUUUCCUGUUUAUAUUUUAUAUAUACCUCCUGGUAGUGUUAUUCUUAUAGUCCUUUUUUUAAAAUAUUAUAAAACUUUUCUUUUGCAAACUAAAACUAAAAAACAAAUGAAAAAACAUUAAUAAUACUUGUUACUUAACAUAACUCUGGUGUGUUCCUUUAUAUUUGCAAACCUUUGUAUGUAUUUUUAUAUUUGUUUUAGCCUUCAAUUGAAAACGGUUUUGGUCUUAAUUAUUGAAAUUAGUAGAAAAUUUAAUAACAAGAAAAAGCUACUUCUAUAUAUUUUAUUAAUGUUUAAGUUUUACAAAAUUUUGUUAGAAAUUGUUAAUUUUAUUUAACAUUGUCAUUUAUAAAAGAAAAAAAAAACCAAAAGUAAAAUCCUUUGUGUAAGUUUGUGUGAGAGUUUUUCUAAAAAACAACCAAAUCAAAACUGAAAAUAUUAUUCUUUUUUCUUUUUAUAAUAAAUUUUCAAAUAUAAAAAUUCCUUUUAAACUAAAUUAAAUUAUUAUUUAGAUAAAAUAAAACAAAAAAUUUGAAUGAUGAUUUGUAUAA